CAAGGAUGGGUGGAUUGUUGAUAUAAAAAAGCGUGAAAUGUUUCGUCGCGCAGAAGGAGCCAGGGUGACUCAUUACCUCCAGCGGAUUAUACCGCGGUGUUUUCAGCCAAUAGCAAAGGUUUCUCGGCACUCCAACGUCGAGGAGGGAGUAAUUUUAUUCGCUUGAUGACGUACACGCGCGUAUAUAUUCGCCGGAGUCAUGAUAAGCGGCCUAUUGCCUCUUGGGCACCAUCUGAAGCAAUUUGUGUUCGAGGUUUCCUUAAACUUAUAAAGUCAGUGCUAACAAUUUUUAAAGAUACGAUUUUGAAUUUUGAAUAUUGUCAGUAAUAUAUAAAAGUCUUCCUUCGAAAGCCGAAGCAUCCGAUCCUGAGUUAUACCUUCACUUUUUGGAGAAAAUACCAAUUUGUCAUCAGUCGUUCGUCUGUCUGCUCAACAUCCGGUUGGAAACAUUUAAUCUUUAACAAAUCCUGCAAAUCGUCAUCGCAACAAUGGUAGCAGCGUCAUCAGCAAAGGGCAGUGAUCCCGCCGUGAUCUACAUGGACAUCGAGACUUCAGGUCUCGGUUCACGCGCCGAAAUUCUGCAACUGGGGGCCACAUGUGAUGGACAGAUAUUCAGCGUCUAUAUCACCCCAGUUGGCAACAUCCCGGGAGUGGUAUCACGAGUGAACCAUUUGACCAAAUUUGGAAAUCGUCUACAGUAUCGGGGCAGGACGGUUCGAUCGGUCCCAAUCAGGACUGCUUUAUUGCAAUUUAUCGAGUGGAUGCGCUCACUCGAAGUGAAAUGCUGUCUGGUCGCUCAUAAUCUCUCAUUCGAUGGCCCAAAAUUGUGGACCGAGAUGCGACGUCACUCCAUGAAUGCCGAGUUCGAGGAGAUGGUUCACUGUUUCGUUGACACGCUUGCCCUCAUCAAGCUAUUAGCACAAGGGAGAUUCACGAGGUACAGUCUGCAAGCCCUAGCCGACUUCUUCAAUAUCCAGUACGAGGCUCACACCGCUGUUGAGGACUGCGAAGCUCUUGAACAAGUGCUGAGGGCGAUGGAGAUUACGGAUGAGACUCUCCUGCAGAAUUCCCAACCGUUCAAACAGCAGAUAAAUCAUUGGGAUCAUUUGGAAAUAACUAGACGUAUACGUGCGGGCUUAAGUCCACUGAAGAGGACCGUGAGCCCAGGAAUUAUUCAAAGAAUCGCCGGAGCAGGAAUAACCUUCCAAACAUUGAACGAAGUCUACGUAAAUGACGGGGAAGAUGGACUGAGGAGACUCUUUCAACACGCGGGGUUACGCUUUCAAAGGGCAUCUUUCGAUUCAAUUCAUAAUUUCUUUCUGAGACAACCAAUAUGAAUCUGAAAAUUAUAAAAAAACCCUUUUAAAAACAAUCUUUUUUUUGGGCGGAAGCCAGUCGUGAAUUUCCGGAGUUGCGACGAUUCUUGAGAAAAAAAAAAUGAAUAUAUGGCACAGCCGACUUUUCUCUCUGAAAACAUGUUUUUCGAUGAGAGAGAAAUGAUGGAAGGGCUGAAUGCCGUAAAUCUACAUUGAUCAUCUGUGGAUAGAAUCAUUUGGUCCUUUUUUUAAUCAUAUGCAGACAUAUGUGAUGAACACGGUUCUGCAACACUAUUUUUCAAAUAACAAAAAAAUAUAUAUGGGAUACGGGGUUAUGGGAUUUAAUCAUGGGGUCACUACAGUUAUGGAAUUUCAACAUGUAAUAAUGUCUUUACUAACAUAUAAUAAAUGCAAAAUUUAUCUACACUUUUUUGCGAUAAUCUGAACUAACAUUCAAAUGUAACAACAAGCACUUCAAUAAAAUUUCAAUAAAAUGGGUAA